CCACCGGCAGCGGCAGCGAGGCGAGCCCUGGCGACCCCCGCGGGCGGCGGCGAUGGCGGGCAGGGACCGGGGGCAGCAGGGCGCGCCGGCGGGGGGCCGCGGCCGCUGAGAGAGCAGGUUUUCGUUCCCUGUACACCUCUGGAAGGAGCUCACUAUGACAGGGCAGAGUCUGAAGGGUUUAUCUGAAGCGAAUUUUGAAGACAAUGAGAUCAGCAUCAACGUUGGAGGCUUUAAGAAAAAGAUGAGAUCCAACACAUUAUUAAGGUUCCCCGAGACCAGGCUGGGCAAACUGCUGAGCUGCCACUCGAAGGAGUCAAUCCUGGAGCUCUGUGAUGACUAUGAUGACACCAAGAACGAAUUUUAUUUUGACAGGAACCCUGAGCUUUUUCCUUACGUGCUACAUUUUUAUAACACCGGCAAGCUCCAUGUGAUGGGUGAACUCUGUGUGUUUUCUUUCAGCCAGGAGAUUGAAUACUGGGGAAUCAAUGAAUUCUUUAUAGACUCCUGCUGCAGUUACAGCUACCAUGGGAGGAAAAUGGAGCCAGACCAAGAGAAAUGGGAGGAACAAAGUGACCAGGAAAGCACCACAUCUUCUUUUGAUGAGAUUUUGGCAUUCUACAAUGAUGCCUCUAAAUUUGAUAAACAGCCAUUUGGAAACAUCAGAAGGCAGCUCUGGCUUGCUUUGGAUAAUCCUGGGUACUCAGUCUUAAGCCGUAUCUUCAGUGUCCUUUCCAUAGUGGUGGUGCUGGGCUCCAUCGUGACCAUGUGCCUGAACAGCCUCCCAGACUUUCAGAUAGUUGACAGCAACGGGAACCCUGAGGAAGACCCUCGCUUUGAAAUCGUGGAACAUUUUGGUAUUGCAUGGUUCACUUUCGAACUGGUGGCGAGAUUUGCAGUAGCUCCUGACUUUUUAAAGUUUUUCAAGCAUGCCCUGAAUUUGAUUGACCUAAUGUCUAUCCUUCCAUUUUAUAUCACUUUAAUUGUCAACUUGGUGGUGGAAAGUAGUCCAACUUUAGCAAAUUUAGGCAGGGUUGCACAAGUCCUGAGACUCAUGAGGAUCUUUCGCAUCUUAAAGCUUGCUAGACACUCCACAGGUCUCAGGUCCCUUGGAGCCACCCUGAAGUAUAGCUACAGAGAGGUGGGGCUUCUUCUACUUUACCUCUCUGUCGGCAUCUCCAUUUUCUCAGUAGUGGCUUACACCAUUGAGAAAGAAGAGAAUGAGGGGUUAGCCACCAUCCCUGCUUGUUGGUGGUGGGCUACCGUAAGCAUGACCACAGUUGGCUAUGGGGAUGUUGUGCCAGGGACCACUGCUGGCAAGUUGACAGCAUCUGCAUGCAUCCUAGCUGGUAUCCUAGUGGUAGUGCUUCCUAUUACACUGAUCUUCAAUAAAUUCUCCCACUUUUAUAGGCGUCAGAAGCAGUUAGAGAGUGCCAUGAGAAGCUGUGAUUUUGGUGAUGGCAUGAAAGACGUUCCAUCAGUCAACUUGAGGGACUACUAUGCUUAUAAAGUUAAAUCCCUUAUGGCCAGUCUUACCAAUAUGAGCAGGAGUACCCCCAGUGAGCUGAGCCUGAAUGAUUCACUGCAUUAGUGUACAAGUUUGACAGCAGUUUGCAUGAGAGCUAUCAAGAGCUAUGUUUGUAAAUGUUUUCCUAUUUGUCUUUUUUUUUCCUAGAGGAUAGUGUUGCUGACACUGCACUAACUUUGCACUUGAGAAACUAAAGACAUUUCUAUUGCAAGUUGACAUUUUGCACAUUUUCAUCCUGUUGCAUCAGUACUAAAUGCUGACUUUUCCAUACAAAUGUUACCACUUCCAUGACAUUAGUGCUGGUGGUAUAGUGAUGAUCUGUUGGUUUGUGCAUUUCCUCAUCUGAGCACAGAAAUGAGCGUACUGAAGUGGAAUAAAGAUUCUCAGUUGUGA